AUGUAUGAUAUUGUGCCACACGAUUUGAACGAUGCUUUCCGCAGCAACUGCUCCGCUAUUCGUUGCUUCCAGGAGGUGGUGAAUCUCUGUGGGGGCUGGAGGAUGUCGUCGAAGCGUAAAGUGCUGUUGAUGGGAAAAAGUGGUUCGGGGAAGACAUCGAUGCGUUCGAUUAUUUUCGCAAACUAUAUUGCUCGAGAUACGAAUCGCCUGGGGCCAACAAUGGAAGUGGAACAUGCGCAUGUUCGGUCUGUUCCCGAAAUUUCACUGAUAACUCAUUUUUGA